AAGAAUACAAUAAAAAUGGCUAUUAAUUUUUGUAGAAGUAUUCUACCCUACUCUCCCUUGUGCUUUCCCUCCACUGGCAAAUCUUCAAUUCCUUCACUUCCAUUCAGAUCAACAUCAUCAUCAACAAGAACAGCAUUUUGUAUGGCUUCGUCAUCGUCGCCGGAAUCGGAGCUGCACAAUCAGGGACGCAUAAAAUUCAUGGAAUUUCCAUUUGUAUCGGCUCCACACAGAGAACUAAUGGUUGAUAUAGUAUCUACAGUAGAAAAUCGCCUCGGCUCGCAGCUUUUGCCUUGUACUCUCCCGCUCGACGUACAACACUGCCAGAACCAAAACGGGAACGCACAAGCUUCUCUUCAUGUUAGAUCCGGUCACCAGUCUUCUCCUGUCGAUUUCAUAUUCGGAAGUUGGCUGCAUUGCAAAUUACCAACCGGAGCAGCAUUGAACAUAACCAGUCUAUCAGCCUAUUUGAAUCUUUCAACAGAUGCACCAAACUUUCUCAUGGAGAUCAUCCAGAGUAGUCCAUCAUCACUAGUUUUAAUUCUCGAUUUACCUCACCGAAAAGACCCUGUUCUAUAUCCAGACUAUCUCCAAACUUUCUAUGAGAAUUCUCAGUUAGAGACGCACAGACAAACUAUUCACAAGCUUAAAGAGGUUCAACCAUAUGUUACCUCGUCUCUUUAUUUUCGUAGCCUCCUCUCGCCCACAAUGAUACUCAUUCGGGUAGAAACCGAGUCAGGGGAUGCCAUUCGAAUGGAGGAGAUUAUGAAAGAUCACAUACAUCCUGUUGCAAAGUCGGUGCUUGAGAUUUGGUUGGAUUAUUGUGGUUGUGGAGAGAGAGAUUUGGAAGAGGAGGUGAAAGAUUAUUUGAAGAGAAGAGAUGGGAUUGUUAAGAAGAAGUUCAUUGAGAUUGAUCUUGAAUCCAACUUUCCGAGGCUGUUUGGACCGGAACUGACUGAUAAGGUAUUAGGGCCAAUACGUGAAAUUUUUAAUGUAUGAACUAUGAAGUUCAUCCUCCAGGAAUGUCAAGAUGUAUCAUUGUAAGUUUACUAUAACCUAAAUCUGCCUGUAAAUAUUUAUUCAUUCCUAAAUGAACAUACUUGUGUUUGAUUCAUAAAUGAAAUGAAUUUUAGAGUAGAAUUGAACCAAAGAAAAAGUUAAGAUAUGUUGUAUUUUGUGCACUUCAUGAGUUCUAUACCUGUAAUUGUUUUGCUCAAGUGAAAUUUAAUAUUAUUGA